GGUUUGUAUAACUGCCUGGGAGAAGAUGGCGGUGCUGGUGGUGAGCGGAGCUGGGGCCGCCUGAGCGCGGAACCUUCUCAGCUGGGCCCGGCUGGAGAGGUUACUAGCGUCUUGCAGUAUUUCUCUUCUGUCAAAUAUCCAAACAAGAACGUAUCUGCAGAAUGCUGGGAGAUGGGAGAAGAAGAACAGAAUAGUUUACCCUCCACAGCUGCCAGGAGAGCCUCGAAGACCAGCAAUUAUGAACAAACAGGAAAAUGAAGGAAAUAUUCCACUGUCGAAGGGACAUAAAAUAUAGUAAGGAUAAGAUGUGGUAUUUGGCAAAACUGGUAAAAGGAAUGUCAAUUGAUCAGGCUCUUGUUCAGCUGGAAUUCAAUGACAAGAAGGGGGCAAAGGUGAUCAAAGAGGUUCUUCUGGAAGCUCAAGAAAUGGCAGUGAGAAAACACAAUGUAGAAUUCAAAUCAAAUGUAUACAUAGCUGACUCCUUUUCUGGAAAAGGUCACUAUCUGAAACGGAUUUGCUACCAUGGCUGAGGCAUGUUUGGCAUCAUGGAGAAAGUCAAAUGCCAUUACUUUGUGAAGCUGGUAGAAGGCCCACCUCCCCCUCCAGAAGCACCAAAGACUGGAUUUGACCAAGCUAAGGAAUAUGUGCAGCAGCUCCGAAACAGAACCAUUAUUCAUACACUAUGACACACUAAUCCAGCUGUAUAUAUAUUUUCUUCAUAGUUUGAAAAUGUGUAAAUAAAAAUAAGAUUGUAAGACAAAAAAAAAAGAAUGCUAGUUUCUAAUGGUUUUGACUGGCUGUCAUGAUCUCUACCCC